AUGAGUAAAGAAGAAAUGGUCGAAAAUUUGCUGAACGACAACAAAUUCCGUAAUUUAAUUGCUAACAAACUAAGAAAAAUAGCACCUAUUAUUAAAAAUGACAGAAGAAAACAAGAAAUUGAAAUAGAAUUAGAAAAAUAUCAAAUAAUUAACCAAUCCAAGCCUUUGCCUUUCGAAAUUAAGGAUGAAGUAAAUAUUAAUGAAGAUACUCGUUUCCGUUAUCGUUAUUUAGAUUUGCGGCGUAAUAUUAGCAAAAAUCCCUUAAUUAUCAGACAUCAUUUUCUUCAUCAACUCAGAAGUUAUUUAUACAAGCAAGGAUUUAUUGAAGUAGAAACUCCAAUUUUAGCCCAAAAUUCCCCCGAAGGAGCUAACUGUUUUAUAGUUCCUUCUCCUCUUGGAAAACAAAGAUACUACACUUUGCCACAAUCUCCUCAAAUUUUUAAGCAAUUGUUAAUGAUGAGCGGCUUUGCUAAACACUACCAAAUUGAUAAAAGUUUUCGUAAGGAAGAUUCUCGAAGCAAUCGACAAAUUGAAUUUUCUCAAUUAGACUUAGAAAUGAGUUUUACUUCGGUAAAAAAAAUAAUUAAUUUAACCGAAAAACUUUUAAAACAUGUCUUAAAAAAAGUCUUUAACCACCAACUAAAAACUCCUUUUCCAGUUCUGACUUAUCAACAAGUAAUGAAAAAAUACGGCACUGAUAAGCCUGAUUUGCGUAAUUCUGCUGAAAAAAAUGAGUUAAAAUUUGUGUGGAUACCUUUGUUAAAUGACGAGAUUAAGCCAGAAAAAGUGAUUUGCGAAGCCUUUGAUUUAGUUUGUAAUGGAGAAGAAGUGUCAAGCGGUAGUUUACGGAUUUAUCAACGUAAAUUACAAGAAAAAGUGUUUGCAAUUUUAGGAUAUGAUCAACAAAAACAAGAAAAAUAUUUUGGCUAUUUUUUGCAAGCUUUAGAGUUUGCUGCCCCUCCCCACGGAGGUUUUGGUCUAGGAAUUGAUCGUUUGCUAGCGAUAAUUCUUAAUUUAAAAAGUCUAAAAGGAAUUAUUGCUUUUCCUAAAAAUAUUGAUGGUAGUUGUUCUUUAACCGGAACUCCUAAUUAUCUUGCUGAAAAUUAA